UACUCAGAUGAAAUAGUCAGAAUGGGUGAGAGUAGGAAGCAGAUGUUUCUGCUUCUGAUAAUUAAUACGAUACAUUGCUCUGACCUCUGGGAUUUGUCUAGGAGCAUUUUAGCAGGGUUGGAGACCCUCAAAAAGAGUUAAUAUUUACCCAAGACAGUCCUGUGUGCUAUCACCUGCUCCAUCCCUUCCCUUGGCUCUAGCUAGAGCUGUGUCCUCAUGGCCUCAUACCUUACAAUGCCAAGAGUCUCAGAUGGUAAUAACUGUGCACCAGGAUCUCUUUGGAACAGGCCAGCUGAUCAAAGCUACUGAUCCGAGCCUUGGCCCAGCUGCUUGCCAGCACUCUGCUUUGAAUGCUGCAGCCAACAGGGUUAUCUUUCAGAUGGGGCUGCAUAAAUGUGGCAGUGUGCUGCAGAACCUGGAGGUAUUAUUGGUGUGCUGCCCUAGAUUUGGCAGGGGUCUCAGCACAAGUGCAGCCACAAGGCGAGCGGACCCAUGCAAGCUGGAACAAGAAGCACAGUACAGACAGUCUGGUGGUCUUUGCCCUUUGUUUACUCCUCCUGAAGAUGACACCAGACUCCUUGGUUUACAGCACAAAUCUUUAUUACAACUCAUCUGCUGAAAACAACCCUUUUAUCUUAAGAACAGAUCCAGCUGUGAUUCCUAUUGAAUGUUGUUAUCCAAGUUGGUCACCUGUGGAAGGCACCAGCAAUAUCUGUAGCUGCUGUGCGAUAGGGACUGUGGGUCACUUGAAGGAUAAUCCAGAAGAUGUAUCCCUCUGCAUAGACCCUGGAAGAGAGAUGUCUUCUAGUCAUUUUCUUCAAGACUUCACUGAAGCACAGAAAAUUGUCCUAAGGCAAAACUAGAUCUGUGCCUCAAUGACAAAUGGAUUUAGGAACCCCUGACUCUCCUGAAUCAAAUUUUUUCCCAAAGAUUAAAAAGACAAAAAACCAAAACACUUAGCAAAGACAGUGCUGCUCCACAAGGAAAAACACUUCUCCCCCGACUGGUAGAACACUCUUGGUGAGGGCAACAAUCCUUCUGAUCAACUCUUUUCUGCAGGUAUGAAGAUCCUUAUAACAUUGCCCUUUUCCUAAAG